ACAGAAAAUGAAAAAGAAUACAAGAAAAAUUCCUCCCUGCCCUCUUGCUUAGUCCCCGCAAUCGAAUCGCGGUGGCUUCAACAAAAAUGACCAAAGAAUUCUCGGUGCCACCGGUGGUCUUCCGCUCCGGCGGUGGAGUCAACCCUCCUGCCGGAAACGUUAACCAACGCCGCGUACCAACGGCUCCGUUCCAACCCUCACGCCCUCCAUCCUCCUCCUCUUCCGCCAUACCUUUCAUGUCCUUCGACAUCGGCUCCGCCCCGUCAUCGUCCGGGUCCUUCGGCGGCACAAUCUCUACCUCAGGAGCAUCCGGAUCCGCCUCGUUCGACGACGAAGAACCCCUCCUCGACGAACUCGGCAUCCAUCCUGGCCAAAUCUGGCACAAAACAAAAUCCAUCCUCAACCCCUUCCGGGUCAACCCGACGGCCCACAAAGACUCGGACCUAUCCGGCCCAAUCUUCCUCUACUUAUCCCUCUGCUUAUUCCAACUCCUCGCCGGCAAGAUCCAAUUCGGCGUAAUCCUCGGCUGGAUCGUCGUCUCCUCGAUUUUCCUCUAUAUAGUUUUCAAUAUGUUAGCCGGACGCAACGGCAACCUGGAUCUGCACACGUGUACGAGCGUGGUUGGUUAUUGUAUGUUGCCGGUGGUGAUCUUAUCAGCCGCGUCGCUUUUUAUUCCGCAAGGGAGCAGCGUCCCUAGGUAUGCAUUGGCGGGAGUUUUUGUUGUGUGGGCCACUAGGGCUUGCACCAAUUUAAUGGUGACGCUUGCUGAUGGAGGUGAAGAACAUCGUGGCCUUAUUGCGUACGCUUGUUUCUUGAUCUACACUUUGUUUUCGCUUCUUGUUAUAUUUUAAUUGAAGUCCAGUUUCUUUUCUUUUCUUUUCUUUUCUCUUUAGAGUUAGUUUCUCAGUGGAUGAUAUGAAUGUCAAAGGGGGUUUUUUUUUUGUUGAAUUUUGAUAGCUACAAUGUUAAAUUGAACUAAAAUUUAACAGAAUUGUGCUUUCCUUUUUUUUUUUUUUUGCUUAUAGUUGCUUUUUAUGAUCUAGUAAAACUCUUUAAUUAUUUUUUGAUUGGAAUAUGAACUUGUUUGCAAUUUUCCAUGAACUGAAAUAGGCUUUACCUUCUUUGUGAUUUGUUCUCAUGAAUAUUACUUUUAAUUCAUGAUCAAACCCAAUCCUCGCUAUGCUUUCUUUUAUGAUUCUGUUUAAUUGGAUACUAUCUUGUUGGAGGUGGUGCGGCUGUUGGGGUUAUUGGCACUCUUCAAGACAACAAUUUAUUCAUGAAGGCAAAGCAUUAGGGAAGCCAGAAGAAAACUUUCUAUUUGGGCCUUAGGAAAAGAGUGUUUUUCGCUGCACACCUUGAUUGUCUUGAGAGUGAUGCUUUUAUUAUCUCUUUUUACAGUUUUAGAGGCUAGAUGAGCUUAGUUUUGGAGAGGCUUGGAAGAUUUAAGAGCUCUAUGCCUUGUUCAUGUAGUAAAACUUUCUCUUUUAUAAAAUGCUAAAUGUUGUUUUUCGCUUA